UCAGAAGAGUUCCAAUAAAAGUAUUGUAGUAUUAGUGUUGCUAUGAUACAACUGAAUGGUAUGGUUGUAUUCAAUGUUUUGCCACUACACUGGCUGUUGGGUAGUUUACCAAAUGACUGAAACAUACAGAUUGAUAAUCUUAUCAUUUAUAUUGUAUGAAAGCUAUCAUUUUGAUGAUAUGCUUAGCCAAUGUGCGAUAUGAAUGAUGCUCAACGCACUUCUGCCUUACAUUCUGCAUGUAAAAAUGGAAAUCUAACUUUAGUUGAGAAGAUUUUAUCUUCGGAAAAUGCUGACAUCGAUGCCUUAAGGACAGAACAUCAGGUGUCAAGAACUGCAUUACAUUUAGCAUCUGCAUAUGGAGAAAUACAAGUGGUACAGUUGUUAUUGAAGGUUGGUGCUAAUCCUCUUAAGGAAAAUAGUGCGGGUAGAACAUCUCUACAUGAGGCAUGUACUGGUGGACAUACUGAAACACUUCGUCAACUUCUUAAGUAUACAGAGAGUGUAGACCAAUUUGACCACCAAGGACAGACGGCAGCUCAUACUGCUGCCUACCAUGGAGAAAAAAAAUGCCUUUCUCUUCUUAUUGAUAAAAACUGUGAUCUUAAUGUUGUAGAUUAUCAUUUAUGCACUCCAGCUCAUUUAGCUGCAAAGCAAAACCACAGUGACACACUAAACUGUUUGCUAAAAUCUGGAAAAGUAGACAUUAUGAAGUCAGAUAGACAUGGAAGAACUCCAGUUCAUUUUGCUGCCAUGUUUGGCAGUCUUGAAUGUUUAAAGGUUUUUAAGAAACAUGAAGUUGACCUCUUGGUAGUUGACAAUGAUAGCGCAAUGGUUCAACACCUUGCUGUUGCUGGAGGACAUCUUGAGUGUUUAAAGUACCUCAUGAAACUUGGGAUACCAUUAACAAAGAAAGAUAAUGCUGGAAGAAUCAGUUCUCACUAUGCUGCUCAGAAAGGAUCAUUAGCAUGUCUACAUUGGCUAUUAGAUCAAGAUAUGGAUGCAAAUGCUACAGAUAAUUCAGGUAACACACCUGCUCAUCGAGCUGCAUCAGGUCAUAUGUCAGCAUUGGCAUGCCUUAUCAAUCAUGCUGCAAAUAUAUCCCUGACCAACCAUCAAGGAGACACACCUGAAGCACUAUCAAAAAAACAAGGUCACACUACUGGAUACAGGAUGGCUGUCACUGGUAAAAUCCAAUGCUCAUUUUGUGUGAAGCAAAAGGAACAACAUAAACAUGAUGUAGACCAUCAGCAUUCAUUUGCUGAGAAUUGUAUUGAUUUGGAAAAGACAACUAUUUUUAAAAUGCCAAUAAAAAAGUCAAGAGCACCAAUUAGUAAAAAGAUGAGUGAGUCUGGACAAUGUGCAUUGAGACAAACCAUCAAAACAAGAAACAUUUCCACACAGUUUUAUGGUGAACAUUUGUUAACAAAUGAGUUCUUUUAAAUUAUUAACCACCAUAUAUACCAUUAUUAUAACUCUAACAAUUGUGCAAAGAUAGAUUAAAAAAGUUUUAAAAAAACCAUUUAUGACCUGAUUAAUACACCAGUAAUAUAAUGA